CGCCUCUCUCACCUACUAGUUCCCUCCUGUUUGGCAUCCCAGAGAUGGUCUAAAGUGAUUCCUCAGGGAAGAAUAGAGCGCAAAGCACCAGAGCAGGAGCUGAGCACGAGCUGACGACGAGCGGAGUCGCUGUUGCCCGGGACUGCCUCUUAAUUGCGCGUAAUCUUCCGUUUCAUUCAGCUGAACAGAGGAGAAGACUUUAAAUAGAAGGAGCGAAGGAGGGUGAGCGCGUUUCAUCUCCUUGGGGUUCUUUGACACUGUGGACUGUUUGUUGCAGAAAAGCAACAUUUUGCAACAGUUUUUGUCAGCUGCACCUUGAUCCGGGGGACUGUCGCCACCCUCUCAUCCUGCGCUCCCCUUUCAUCGCUCUCAACGUUGUUCAUCUUCACACCUACUGCUUCCCUCUUUUUCUUGUUGAGUCGCUGACAUGAGGUGCAGCUAACCCUGGAUGCUGACAGCUCCCCUUUUCCUUCCACAUGUCGCAUCUUUUGUUUACUUUGAGAAACACACACGCAACUAAACGCCAAGUGAAGUAGACCACGCCACUUUGCUCCUCUGACAGCGCGAUCAAACAGACGAGAAGGAGAGGCAGGAGAAAGGAGGGAGCCAAGGAGAGCAGGAUUGAGAGAGAAGAGAGAGUGAGAGAGAUAGCGACAGUGUGAAGGUGCGUUUUGAUGUUUGGCAUCCACGAGAGCAUCCAGAGGAGUGGGAGUAGUAUGAAAGAAGAGCCCAUGGUGGCCGGGAUGAACGCGGUUCGGACAUGGAUGCAGGGCGCCGGAGUGCUGGACUCCAACACAGCCGCCCAGAGCGGAGUGGGUCUAGCUCGGGCACACUUCGAGAAGCAGCCGCCCUCCAACCUCCGCAAGUCCAACUUCUUCCACUUCGUCCUGGCUUUGUACGACCGGCAGGGUCAGCCGGUGGAAAUAGAGAGAACCACCUACAUUGACUUUGUAGAGAAGGAAAAGGAAACGACGGGGGAGAAGACCAACAACGGGAUCCAUUACAGACUCCAGCUCCUCUACAGUAACGGGAUCAGGACAGAGCAGGACUUGUAUGUUCGUCUCAUUGACUCGAUGACUAAGCAGGCUAUUGUCUAUGAGGGCCAGGAUAAAAACCCAGAGAUGUGUCGGGUCCUGUUGACCCAUGAGAUCAUGUGCAGUCGAUGCUGUGAUAAAAAGAGUUGUGGCAACAGGAACGAGACCCCAUCCGACCCUGUCAUCAUCGACAGGUUCUUCCUCAAGUUCUUCCUGAAGUGUAACCAGAACUGCCUGAAGAAUGCAGGGAACCCUCGAGACAUGAGGCGUUUUCAGGUGGUUGUGUCAACUACGGUGAGCGUGGAGGGUCACGUCCUGGCCGUCUCCGACAACAUGUUUGUGCACAAUAACUCCAAACACGGACGCCGAGCUCGAAGAUUGGACCCAUCGGAAGGAACACCGUCCUACCUGGAACACGCAACCCCCAGCAUUAAAGCCAUCAGCCCCAGUGAAGGCUGGACCACAGGGGGCGCUACUGUCAUCAUCAUCGGGGACAACUUCUUUGACGGCCUGCAGGUCAUCUUUGGAACCAUGCUGGUCUGGAGUGAGCUGAUCACUCCCCAUGCCAUUCGUGUGCAAACUCCACCCAGACACAUCCCUGGGGUGGUGGAAGUCACGCUGUCCUACAAAUCCAAACAGUUCUGCAAAGGCACACCUGGACGCUUUAUCUACACAGCUCUGAAUGAGCCAACCAUAGACUACGGCUUCCAGAGGUUACAGAAAGUCAUCCCGAGACACCCUGGAGACCAAGAGAGAUUACCCAAGGAGGUGAUCUUAAAGAGAGCAGCAGACCUGGUGGAGGCCUUGUACGGGAUGCCUCACAAUAACCAGGAGAUGAUUCUGAAACGAGCAGCGGAUAUCGCAGAGGCCCUCUACACAACUGUGCCACGAGGGCACAAUCAGCUAGCAAGCCUUGGCAGCGGCACCGUCCAUGCUGGCAUGAUGUCCGUAAACUCCUUCACUGGGUCAGAAGUGGCACAAACAGCCAAUCAGGGUUUCAAUAGGAACACAAGCAGUGUGUCCCCUCAUGGUUAUGUGCCCAGCUCCACUCCCCAGCAGAGUGGCUACAGCUCCGUCUCCACUAGCAUGAAUGGCUACGCUAACUCUGGCAUGGCAACCUUGGGCACCUCGCCCAACUUCCUCAAUGGAUCUGCAGGCAACUCACCCUAUGCCAUCGUCCCGUCAAGCCCCACCAUGGCCUCGUCGACCAGCCUGCCCUCCAACUGCAGCAGCUCCUCCGGCAUCUUCUCCUUCUCUCCAGCCAACAUGGUGUCCGCUGCCGUCAAACAGAAGAGCGCCUUUGCCCCUGUCGUGCGACCCCAGAACUCCCCUCCGCCCACGUGCACCAGCGGUAAUUCUAACAGCCUGCAGGAUCAGUCUUUUGUGGACUCUAGCAAGUAUUCAUCAAACAACUCUCUGCAGGGCCUGGCCUUCUCCUGAACGAUUCCCGGGAUGAUCGUUCCACCCAUGUAGAGGGUCUAGGAUAGCUGGCAGUUUGGGGAUGUUGAGAGGAAAAAGACACAGUAGCAGAGUCUGGCGAGUCUCUGGUGGGCUCCGGAGCUGAACUGAAGGAAGUCAAGAUAAGACACAGGACUCGGUUAAACUCAGGCCUUUCCACUGGGAUUUCAUCUGAAGGGAUAAGGGAGGAGAAAAAAAGGAACAAUACAAACCUUUGUGAUGUUAUUUACCUCUUGGUUGAAUUAGUGUAGCUUCUCUAACAACACGUUGGAUGGAGUGUAUAGAGACUGAUAGUUUAUCCACAGUGUGACACUGACCUCAUGAAAAGAGCAUUUAUUUAUCUUUGUGUUUAUGCAUGUAAGGUUUGGGUUUGAUUACUGGAGGCCCCAUGCUGUCUUGCAAUUCAUAACUCGAUAAGUGUUGGUUUGACCAUGAAGUUUAUGUAACCUCUGUCACAAUAGAGGAUGCUUUCCUUAGCUCAGUCCGCUUACUCAAACCAUAGAGCACACUAGCCAAGAGGAAGUAAGGUCAACGACACACUGAAACAAAGAAAUACAGAACAGAACAAAAUCGACCCUCAACUUUGCUGCUAUGUAUCCCAUAAAUCUAAAAAUGGCAUUACAAAAUUACCCGUUGCUUAUUCAUCAGAAAACAUGCCUUUCUUUUUAUUUUUCUUCAGUUGUUUAAUAAAACUGUGAGGACUGAGCUGUUUGCAAUAUGCUUUUCUGCUUGUCACGUGAAGAAAAGGUGAUGAUUUAGCCAAAAUUAACAUUUUGUCUGAGAUUUUAGUGAAAACUUGAAAAGCCAGAGGAUGUGUGCGUCCAGCCAGCACUGUACUGAAGGAGCCUAGCAAAUAUCAAAUUAGAAUAAAUGCGUGAUAUAUGUGAUAUAUUUUUGUAUAUAAAAAAAGUUACAUUUUUCAUUUUACAUUUUUUUCCUUUUUUGCAAUAGCUAUAGUUUGAAAUGUAAACAUUAAAUGUCUUAAGGCAGCUUCUCAGUACAGAAAAUAGAUUUACUGUGUGUUGUCAAUAUCUCAUCUGCAAAACAUGACAAACAUAAAUUUGGAUACAAAAAGGGGAUUCUGUAAAAUGUCCUAUAAAUAAUGUAUUUAUCCCUAAUCCCUUAUUUGUACAUUGCCUCUGACCCUCGUUUAGUUGUGUUGUGUAAGUUUAAUACAGUAAGUGAACAUA